AUGAAUUGGUACGAUGUAAACACUGUUGGCAAUAGGAACGAAAUUAGUCCCAAUAAAAGUCCCAACAACGAUAGCAACUUUCCCCUGACUCCAACUAAAUCACGACUAAAUUUCAACCACAUAAAACAUUUGUACCCAGAUAAGCCACCUCAGAUCACACACAGUGACAAUAAUAGUUACGAGAGUCUACUAGCUGUUCCCAACACCAAUCGUCAUCCAAACUUGUCGCUUGAUUCGAUUCCUUAUGAAAAUGGAGCCUCCGACGAGUACGAAUCAAGCAUCCCUUUAAGUUUAACAGCGCAAGAAUUGACAUUGCAAGAAUCGAAAACGUACAUGAGAUGGUAUAGCGACAUACUAGCAAGAACCAACAGUCGAACAAUUUCAAUUUUUGAUGUGUUUAGUUUCCUUACCAACUUUAAGAUUGCCGGCUCAACAAGGGAGCAAAUAAGUCAUAUCUUCCACAAGAUCAGCCAAAGCAUCAACAUAGGAGAGUUUUUCGCUUUGCUAAGAGUAAUAAGUCAUACUUUAAGAGGAGAAAAACCGCUGCGCAGAUUGAUCAAAGUUGUGGCUCCGGUGCCGACUCCGCCAUCCAUUUUAUCGAAAAAGAGACUCAAUGAUGAGGAAGACAGCUCCAAUGAAGAUAGAAGUGAUGCUGAGGUUGACAAUGAGCAGAAUGUCAAACUGAAUAGCGAUACAAAGCCAAUGGCUCCGCUUGACAUUGAUGGGUUUACCCAGUUUUUGUUAACUGGGGAGCGACCCGGAUCCAACUCCUCCUCCAAUUCCAAUUCCAAUUCCAAUUCUAACUCGCGAAAACGCAAGUCUAAAAAGGUUAAAUUUUCCGAUCAAGUGGAUGUGCAUGACGAUUCAAAUUACUUGACGCCAAUGGAAUCACCACAACCUGUGUCGCAAAACCCACUUGACUACACAUUGCCCAUGGACCAAUUGCUCAAACAGAUGCAAAAUAGCCAAGAACUGCAAAACCCACAGGAGCGAGAAGAGGAGAAGGAAGUGUUGAAGGAUGUUGAGAUUAACAAUUUCCAGAACUUGAAUUCGGUGGACACUGUGUCUGUUGGGGGCACGCCAGUUCCUCCAUCUGAUUUCGGUGGGGGUGCCAAUGGACAAGACGAUAAUUUGUUGAAACCAAAUAUGACGGGCCCGGCGCAAAUGUCGAAAAUGUUCUCCAGUCUUCAACCAGACUUUGGCACAGGUGAGCCCGAUUUGAAGCCAUUGAGACCAAAUGCAACUGGUCCUGCUGACAUGGCAAGACUUUUUUCGCCACCAGCGGUGCAGUCUCAUCAACUGCUUCCACAAAUGCAACAAACACUCUCUCCACCACCAGUGUCACAACCACAGCAACCGCAGCAACCGCAGCAGCAACAACAACAACAGGAAUUGCCCAAAAUAUCCCUUCUGGCUUUUACCUCACAAAUGACUGGUCCAACCAUGGAAAAUACAUUGCAAAACGGGAAGCCACCGGUACCACGUCAUAGAUCGUUCUCAUCACCAAUACCGAACAAGCCUGUCCCACCACCCCCACCACCAAGAAGAAGGAAUGCUAGUGGAAGGGGUAUAUCGUCUCCACAACCACCCCAGUUUCAGCAAUCACAACUGCAGCAGUAUUAUCCGUCGCAAAGUCAAACACAACAACAGCCACCUGCAUUACCCCCCAAGAUUCCAAACGUAUAUGCUUCAGGAAACUCCAGCAAUGACUCUACCGGAAAUAUUUUAGACGACUUGAAAGCAUUACAGGACGAGGUUGAUAAGAUAAGGAACUUGACCGGCGGAUUUUAA